GCAGUUUUACACUGCAAGUUAGAAUACUUAUAUUAAUGUCUAAAAUCUUUCACUUUCAACAUUAAAAUUCUUUAACUUUUUUUUCUUUUUUACAACACUGGUGAAAUGCUGUAAACUUCUAUCAACAGAAAUACUGGAAACUGUGUGAAUUUGUAAAUAAAAUGAAUGUAGCGCUUCCCAAAAUUUGCAUUAAUCUUACUGCACCUGCACAGUCCAUCACUCUUGUAAUGUUCGCUUUAUACUAUCCAUGGAUAAAAUCCAGUCCUGCCAUGCACAAUUUUACUUUUUUACAGUUUUUUACCCAUAAAGAACCACAUUAGUGCAUGUUUCACAUUGACCAUAGUUCGCUGUUAAAUUGCGGCAUAUAAUCAUUAGGUUUUUAUCUUAGUUGCACCUUCAAACUGCUUACGCUUUUUAACUUAUAUUGUUUUACACACAUGAAUUUGAUUAACAAUUAACCCUUUUCAAUGCAGGGUUAUCAGGAUUAAAAUCUGUCACACAAGGACUGGGUGUAAACUGCCGCAAAGCACAUUGCCAAGAACAUACUUUCCUAAAGCUGUUACAUAAUGCAGGCUAGUCUCAACCAGCUAUUGCAACGUUGCUAAGAAAUCAUGUUUGUUAGCAGAAAUAUUAUGUUGGAUAGGUUAACACUCCCAAUGUGAGAGUCACUGCACUGACCCUUAACUUCACAUCCUGUUCUGCUGAAAGGAACUGGCUGCACAAAAUGAAGAUGAAAUUGUCUGUAUAGCGGCUGUGCUAUGUUGUAUUGACUUCUUACAUUAAAUACAAUGAAAACCCAUUAAACAACCAUGAUCAUAUAUUUUUCAUAUGCUGUACCUUUCAUGACCAUAUACUUUUAAGUGUAAAAUGUAAUAUCAUUAGUGGGCACAAUAUGGCUCAAAUUGUGAGAUAGAUAGAUAGAUAGAUAGAUAGAUAGACAGACAGACAGACAGACAGACAGACUGACUGACAUUGUUUGUCAAAACUGAAAAACCCAGAAAAUGGAUUUUGCACCAUUUAAAAUCAAAUAAGUCACGCCAAAGACUAAAUAUCAAGGCAGGGGUUCCAGUUCACUGCAAAAUGCCACCAAGCUGGAAAAUGAAUCUGUCUUUAGGAAGGACCCAGUAAAUCUUGCUUUUUAUACCUCCAGGCUAUGAGUAGAUGGUCACACUGGGAAAUGUGAAUGGGAAUAACAGUGGACCUCUUGCUUUAUAAGAUAUAGCAGGAAUCAGAAAACCCUAACAAGGCCUAGGUAUAGUGUACUAAAGGACAUUGUGUGGUGGAUGGUGAUAAUACAGUGAUGAUCAACAUCUAAUGUGUUUCACAAGUUACUAUAUUUAGGCUUUAGUAAAAUACUGGCAUUGGUUCCUCUGUAAAAAUGUUUGGACUUUUAUCAUAACUUUCAUUAAUUUUUUCCAAGAAAAAUAAUGUGACCUAGUUAAAGGCAUCAUUUCUGGAAUUGGUGCAUGGUUUCAUAACCAUUCUUGCCAAGAUCUGAACAGUCUGCUUUGGUUACAUUUUUGUUUCAAACACAAUAGUUCCCAAAACAGCCCUGAAUAACUCAGUUACCGACUGUUUACCGGUAAUAAAUAAACAAAAAAUAAAUCAGCAGACUCUAGGAAAACCUGAAAGCAGAACAAUAAACCUGGGCGUUCACUUUAGAUAAAGAACUAAUAUGAAAUUUUGGCACUGGAAGUAGUCCUUGAAAUACUUUUUCUAAAAGUUGCAUAUGUAAUGAAGUGCCUUUCAAGAAAAAACAAACAAACAAAAAAAGUAAUUAAUGUACUUUUUGGUUUUUGAUUACUAUGAUGGACUGCAAAUCCAUCCAAGGUGUUUCCUUGCCCAUGGCACAAAUGCUGCACAGAAAACUGGAAAACUGGGCUCCAGUAUCCAUUCACACAAAUGAAAGUAUUUUUGAUUAGAUUAAUGUGAACUAAUCCAGUGAUUUAUUGUGUAUAUAUGGCUUUCUGGUUACAAUGCAAUCAGUCUUACAACCUAUAAUCUAAGUAAUUCUCUGUAAGAAAUGUCACAAAUAGACUGUCUUACAUCUCUCUUAAACAAAACAAAUGUAGUAAUUUUUGUGAGUUAAAUUAGUAUAGUGCAUCUUUGCUUUUUUUGCAUUCAUUGUCCUGUCUCACAGCAGCACUGAAUUGGUAAAGACAUUAGGAUUGAGUGAGUUUUUUGCAUAUGAUGACCUACAUUUUUGCCUUUUUAAGAUACUCUCAUGUAUUUAUUACUUCCUUAGAGUUAUUGUUAAAUUUGUGUGAUCAACCCAUGCUCAUUUUUACACACUUUCUGUAGUUUCUAUUAAUAUUUCAGUUAGUCCAUUGUGACCAAAUGGAGUGACAUGUGAGACAGCUCAAAUGAACAAUGAGGGAUGGUUGACAGAAACUGACCCCAGACAGGCAUAAAACACAUGUCAAACACAUUAGAUGUCGCAAUCCAGCUGGCCCAAAGCCCGAUUUACAACAGAGGAAUAUUAAAACCUUUAAAGUAAGCUCUCGGAAAUGGAACUGGUUUGCAGAAAACCACAUCCAAACAGCUCUCAGCAAAUUAAGUGUCAAGAAACUGGAGAGAAUUUGAGAAGGGUGAGGGACAAAACGUGAGCAUGUGGAAGCAAUUACUGGCAGCAGGCGGGAUCUGUUAGCUUUCGGCUUACUGGGUGCCUCUACACUGCUGAUCCACCAGCCAAGCCUGUUUCCACAAUCAACCAACCCCACAAUACUACUUCCUCAACUGACUACGAAACCCUCAGGAGCUUCAUAUAAUGCUGCUUUCUCUAUGCAUCUCUGGUUGGGAGAGGAAAAAAAAGUGUGAAUCUGCUGAGACCAAAGGGGAAAUCCCACAUGGAAUUGUAAUGUAGAGUGUGGAGAGUGCGAUACUUCAUCUGGGAGGGGUCAGAAGGUUAUUGAUAUUGUUAGAGUGUGGGGACCGCUGGAAACGCAUAAAUAGCUGGAAGACACACAGUAAUCUUGCAGUCUUCCUCUGAAUGCCUGGGCACAGGUGACCUCCACUCAGCAUUUCUGUAGAAAACCUCAUCUGUCUCUGCAAACCUUAACCAGCAUGGAAAAGAUGACAUCUUUGAAAGUGAACUGCUGGUUGCAGUGGCUUACCGUGACUCUGGCCCUGCUGAGUAAAGUCCCUGCGAUGCCGGUCGACGUGGACCGCGUGUGCAUAGCACCAUCUGCAGCCAAGUACAGACUGACGUUUACCGGCCAGUGGACUCAGACUGCCUUCCCCAAACACUACCCUCUGUACAGGCCUCCUGCUCAGUGGUCCCCCAUCAUUGGAGUAACUCACAGCUCAGACUAUCACAUCUGGCAAAGCAACGAGUACGCCAGUAAUGGGGUGAGAGAGUUCUCUGAGAGAGGAGAGGCUUGGACACUGAUAAAGGAAGUGGAGGCAGCUGGGGAACGGAUCCAAAGUGUCUAUGGCCUCUUCUCAGCACCGGCUGUGGUUGGAGGAACCGGCCAGGCAAUCACAGAAUUUGAGGUCUAUGCAAGACACUCUUUACUGUCCUUCAUUGUCCGCAUUGUGCCAAGUCCUGACUGGUUUGUUGGAAUAGACAGUCUAAACUUGUGCGAGGGUGAUAACUGGAUAGAAAACAUAAGCCUAGAUCUCUACCCCUAUGAUGCCGGCACAGACAGUGGUUUCACCUUCUCCUCACCAAACUUUGAGACCAUUCCUCAAGACAAAAUCACUCAGAUAACCGCAUCAUUCCCAAGUCACCCUGCAAACUCCUUCUACUAUCCCAGACUGAAGCAUCUCCCCCCAAUAGCCAAAGUCUCCCUAACAAAGAUCAAGAACAACCAGAUAUUCAGCUUACCCAUUCAGCCGACCCAGUCCAAUCAGAUUCCAAGCGGGAAUGAAAUUGAUAGGUCUCUCAUAAAUACCCCUCUGGACUGUGAGGUUUCUGUCUGGUCACCUUGGGGUCUUUGUAAGGGUCAGUGUGGUGAGAAAGGGGUAAAACACAGAACCCGCUAUAUUCACAUGCAUCCUGCAAACAAUGGGGCUGCCUGCCCACCCCUAGAGGAAAAGAAGCUCUGUAUCCCUGACAACUGUGUGUGAAUAUAAAGAGGACCUACCAUCCAUACCUCAUCCACAGGGAACAAUCUACUGGUUAACAGCUUUAAAAUGAGACAUUAUAAAUGGAAUGACUUUGUUAUUUUAAACUAUGAUGUCUUGGGUGAGUUAACAAGCUUAAACAUGGUAAUGAAUGGGCUAGGCAACAUAUCCCAAGUUAAAAAGAAGACUGAGGUACCCAAAGUAAAUUCUCACUAAGCGUAUCACAACUGAGAGUGAAAUAUGAGGAACUGCUGAUUCUAUACUUUCAAUACAGCAAUAUUUGCUCUACUAUCAGAAGUUUAUUGGCUGAGUUUGCUGUAAGUUUCACAUACUGUCCUCAUUCACUGCUUAUGGAGUCUUGUGCUCUCUGGUGGGAGGUGGGGCUCACCAUUGACAUUAUCAAGCUCACUCGUUGAGAUAAACAUCUUCAGUAAAAAAUACUCUGUUUUCCUCAAAACAUGUUGCAUCAGUGGAUGAUAUCUGUACAUUAAUUGCAAAACUGUAUAUAAAGUUGUACAUACAAAUAAAUAAAUCCUUCUGAAUUCCUCUGAA